ACCACUGUCAAGUGUCAACAUUGCUCGCUGAUAGUGAUAAGGUUAGAUAAGAGAUCAAAGUGAAAAAAAUCAUAACAAUAUUGUUUUGUUUAACCUUACCAAAUGUUUCGUAAGGUUUCAUAAUCAUAACCUCCUAGAAUCGUAGUGUAAAGUAGUGCGGUUUGUAAUAUGAAUUUUCUAAGAAUUUUAUCAAAUCAUUCAGUAAAAUUAAGUUUAUAUCAGCAAAUAAGGUUUUCAUCAUGCUGGUCGUGUGGAAAGGACGCAAAACCGUUGGUCGCCAACUUAUUCUGUUCAAAUUGCAACGCCUUACAAAACCCUAAGAAAGACGACAACUAUUUUACGCUAAUGGGGGUGAAAGAAACUUAUGAUUUGGAUGAAAAUGAAUUGGCGAAAAAAUAUAAAGAAUUACAGAAGUAUUUGCACCCGGAUAAGUUUGCUAACAGGCAAAAAGAAGAGCUGGAGAUAUCAGAAAAAUAUUCAUCUUUAGUUAAUGAUGCAUACAAGACACUCCUUGAACCACUGGCCAGAGGCAUUUACAUGCUCCGUUUAAGAGGAAAAGAUAUGCCGGAAAAUACUGAACUCUUUGACCAAGAAUUCCUCAUGAAAAUUAUGGAGAAGAAUGAAGAAGUAGAAAGUGCAGAAACUGAAGAAGAAAUAAUGAAACUAAACAAAGAAAAUAAGGCUAUGAUCAAAGAUCUACAGAAACAAUUGUCUAGGGCAUUUUUCGAUGGAGAUUUAAAAAGAGUUGAAAAAUUGUUGAGUUACAUGAAGUAUUAUACUAGCAUAGACAAUCAAAUACAAGCAGCGAUUCGUCACAAAGGGAUUAUACGGUAGUAUAGUUAACAUCUAGUGGCCACUGACCAUACUUUGAUUUUUUUUAAAUACUGCAAUAAAUUUUCCGACCAAUGCUUCGAGAUAUUAUGAAAGAUGACAAAAAUAAAAAGGUUUAAAGAUUAAUUAUUCAAUGGAGAUUGCUUGACAACUCUACAUCAUCAUCUAUAAUUCGGAUGUUAUCAUAUUUUAGUUUUACUUUUUAACAGUGGCAACACAGUAAUCUAUUCUAUUUACGUUCGACCUCAAUGCGUAAAGAAAAUAGGCGGGAAAUGGGAAUCGCAUGUUUUGACCCUUCUCCAAGUUCAUGUGUAGGUUUUUUUUUUACUUUUUUUAAUAGCACAAGCUCACAAACAAGCGCCACCUUUUUACCCGAUUGCCGAAAGAGGGUAGUGGUAUUUUUUCUGCCUCUUGCAAAAACAAGGUCCUGCUCUGUUGCCUUAUUCGUCACCACCUAAAGCCUCCACUGCCGGCAAACAAGUAAACAAGAGAAAUGAUAUUAUUUGCUAUCCACCGCCCAUUAACAUCCAGGAUACUAAAAGGAGCGUGGAUUGCCACCUUAAAAAAAUGAAUAUGGAUUCGCGAAAGGAGACCUAAAUACUUCUCCCCUUACACCUCUACGCAGCUCCAGAGCUAAAGCUAGGGUUGCCACCUUUUACCUAAUUAAAUAUAACAUUUAGUCCUUUAUGAAAAUAAAAUAAAUUGUUUAGUUUUACCGCAAAAAUCUUUAAAACAUCGACAAUGAAAACAAAACAUAAUGGCGAUAAAAAUCGUAAAAUCAAUUUUAUUUCAUAAUGUAAUUUUGACGUAACCUUGAAUCUAGUACCUACCUUUACGUUACCAUCCAAAUGUUACACAACUUAUAUACAUAAUUAUUGUCUACGUAUACCUACUGUAAACUCUUUUAUGUAAGUUAUUUUUUAUUUGUUACCCUAGUUACACAAAAUUAUGAUGAGAUCAUAAAAUUAUUUUAAAUAAAUUUUAUUUUUAUGUAAAUACAAAAUUCUGUGUUCCAUACGUAUUUAAUAUCUACUAUUAUUAGUAUGUUACAUAGCAUAGAUUAUGUUGCGAAUAUAAUAUAAUUCUUAA